UCUCUUUAAAUAUUUUUAUAAAAUGUCUGACGAUUGCUUUCACUCAUUUUCAAUAGUUCAAUAAUUCUUUGGCACCUUUUCUUUCAGUGCAUUCCCAGCUGCUUCACCAGCCACAAAACUGUGCUGAACAUUAAGAAAUUCUUUCAUUCGAACGUCAGUUAGCGCCGGGUUAAGAUCUCAACCAAGAAGAGCGUCUUCUUAGUGUUGCGCGGUUGAAGAAACAAGUUUUGUUGUUGUUUGUUUUCUUUUGUUUUUUUUUCUUUGACAUUUCGUGCGAGAUGAUGGUGCUGUUGCCGCUGCCGCCUAAAUUGGAGAAGAACGAAAAUGUAUCGAGUGCUAAAAUCAAUUAGCAUACUCUAUAGGAUCGCUUUGUUGUUGUGGCCAUUGUUUUGCAAAGCGGCCGAUUCGACCAUUCUGAAUGGAUCGUCUGUGUUUGACCAGGCGCAGCUGCAGGCCUUCAAGAUCUUUGAUAGCGACCGACCCGCUCAGCUAACCGCGCGCAGUUUUCUCUGCCUGCCCUUCUUCCGUGUGUUCAACGUGGAGCUGCGGCCCGACCUACAGCUGGCCCCCGAUGAGUUCAUCGCUGUUAGCGGCGAUCAUCCGGCUCUGGGUGCCUGGAAUGUUGCCAAGGCGCUGACGCUGCGUGCCCAGAAUAAGCAGCGCAGCAAAUGGUAUCUGCGUCGUUGGAUAUGCGCCAGCCAUCGUGUCUACUAUCGCUAUCUGAUCUAUACGCUAAACGCCGACGGGCAACGCGUGCUGCGCCGCUGGGAGGCGCAGCAGGUGGCGCGCAUGCUGCAGACCUACGAGAUCUAUCGGCCGCCGGGCGUGGAUGUCUUUGGCGAGGCCUAUCCCCGAUCGGUGGGCGGCGGGCACUCGCUGGAGCGCGGCUGGCUGCAGCGCGAAUACGUCAUCGAGCUGAAGUUCGUUUGGCAGCACCAUUUCCUGCUCGCUGGCCUGGCCAGCCAACAGCAGCAGCUGCGCCUCAAGUUGCGGCCGCUGGGCGUGCUGGACAAUGCGCUGAUCGAGGUGUCGCGCUACGCCUACAAUCGUUCGUCCUUUCGGCCGCAGGCUCGCCAUGGCGUCAAGUAUGCUCCAGGCGCCAUUGUUAUCUUUCGCAUCAGCCAGGCGCUGGAUGUGUCCAAUGCCUUUGGGCUGGCCAUCUAUGAGCCCGACGUCAAGGGCCAGCUGCCGCUGGGCGAGGCUUAUAUACUGCCGGAGCAGCUGCGUGGCAGUCGUGGCACUCUGCAGCUGGCCAUCCAGGGUCAGCUCACCCAGCAGGUCAUAGGUCAGCUGAUUUUGCCCUAUCUGGUGGUACGACCCAUGCCGAAUGCUGCCAGCAGCAGUUUGCGCGUCAGCUUCCAGCGCUACUGGCCCAACAACUGGCCCACCCUAGACGUGGGCAAUCGCGGCCUGGGCAUCAGCCAUCAGGCGCUCGUGGAGAACACCAUCGAAAGUUUUCUGGCUGUGCCGCGGGCCAAGGGCGACAUGGUGCACCUGGAUGUGCAACUGACGCGAGAUUACGUGCCGGUGGUUUGGCGUGGCUUUGGCUUCUACACCACCAGGCGGGCCAACACGCAGCGCGUCGAGGACCGCUUCGAUCUGCACUAUGUGCUCGUGCGGGAGCUCAGCUAUGCGGAGCUCAAGGCGAGUCGCGUCUUCCUGCUGAAGAGAUGGAGCAUGCAGGAGUACACCCACCUGAAUGUGCGCAAUGUGAGCCAGGCGCAGCGACUGUUCCCCAAGUUGAGCGAGGUGUACGAGGCGCUGCCCAAGAGCCUCGGCCUCAUCGUGGCAGUCAAGUGGCCGCAGCUGAUGGCUUCGGGCGAUCUGGAGUCCACGCAGUCGCUCAACAAGAAUGUGUUCGUGGACAGAAUCAUCGAGGUGACAGCGCACUAUGGCUGCGGGCGUCCGCUGAUCUUCGCCAGCUUUGAUGCCGACAUCUGCACCAUGAUGCGGCUGAAGCAAACGGCCUUUCCGGUCAUGCUGAUGACCACGGGCCGCACGGACAUCUGGGAUAAGUACAUGGAUCUCAGAACACAAUCAUUUCUACAAGCCAUCAACUUUGCCGAGAGCGCCGAGCUGCUCGGCACUGCGGCCCAUGUCAAAAACUUUCAGCAGAAGCAGAAGCUGCUGGACCUGGGUCUGGACCUGAUGCAGGUCGUCUUCGUGUGGGGCAGCAAUCUGCAGGAUGUGCAACAAUUGGAGCUGUUUCGUGCCAUCGAUGCAACCGGGCUGAUCUAUGAUCACAUUGACCUCGUGGGUCCUGGCAACUGGAAGCGCGCCCCCUUCUUCCAGGCGCCCCAGCUGCUGGAGGUGUUCGGUGGCCAAUGCGUGGCCAUUGGCAACUCCAGCACAGUGCCGGGCGCCAAGCCCACAAAGCCAACGGUCUGGCCCAAAAUGAGGAAAUGAGUAAGUUUCUGGACGGGCAUCAAAUAUGGAUUAAGCAGCAUGAUUCAAUAUUAGGGGUUUUUAUUUGAUUGAGGUUUAGGUGUCUUAUGAUCUAGCCCAAAAUGUGAAAAUGAAUUUCUCUUAUAUUGUUAAAGCUGAGAUCCUAUAUUUGGUUUUAGUUCGAUUGAGAUUGAGUUUCGUGAUAUUUAUGGGCAUAAAUAACAAUUUAAUUUGUCUUGACAUGAGAAAAUGUUUACGUUUGAAUUUAUUAAAUUUAUAUAUAGAAGAGAUUUUUAGUUUGGUAGUUUAUAUUGGUAUGGUAUUUUUUAGUUAAAAUAAAUUUUAUUUAUUCUAAUGUAUGUAUAUAAAGCCCUACAGUUAAUAUUUAACUUUUAGGUAGAGCUUGCUUGAGGGCGAUAAUGAUUUUUGAAUAGAAUAUAUGAUGUAUACAAAGAAGUUUAAUAAUAUGAUAAAUAAGUUCAAAAUUUUUUGCGGAAUAGCUACUAUUUCUACGUCUAUUACUCCUUUAUGACUACGACUAUUUAUAUUAUUACUCUUAUUUCUAUUACAACUACUAUUUUGGUAACUGGUAGUAUUUCCAUAAUUUCUUCUAUUUGAAUAUCUACAACAAUUUCUAAGACUAUUAUUAUUUGUAUGACUGAUUCUACAUAUUUAUAUAACUGCUACUAUUUCUAUAACUACUACUAUUUUUAUGAUUACUACUCUUUAUAUGACUACUAUUAGUUCAAUACCUGGUACUAUUUCUACAAAUAUGAUUUAUUCCAAAUUAAUAUUUCUGCUUCAAAAACUAUUUCUAGAACUAUUACUACUUUAAUGUCUACUACCAUUUCUAUGACCACUACUAUUUCUAGAACUACGACUACUUUAAUGUCCACUAAUAUUUCUAUAACUGCUACUAUUUCUAGAACUUCUAUUACUUUAACGUCUACUACCAUUUCAAUGAAUACUACUAUUUCCAGAAUUACUACUAUUUUAAUUUCUACUACCAUUUUUAUGACUACUAUUUUUCAAUGACAUUAUUUCAAUGACUAGCACUACUUCAAAAUCUGAUACUAUUUCCAUGACUACUACUAUUUUAUUUACUACUAUUCCUAUGACUACUAAUCGUUCAGGAGAAAAAUAUAACGUAUAAACUAAAAUUCAUGAAUAAUAUACUUGCAUAAAUAAUCAGUUACAUAUAUAAGUAUAUAGCAUAAGAACUCUGUAAAGCUGCUGAACAUCUUUGAAUUAUUUAGCCUAUGUAAGUUUGAUCUCAAUAUAAUAGAAUUG